AUGGCGCAAUUCAACCAACAAUCUCCAGAGCAAGCCCACGCUAAGGCGAGCCGCAAAUCUGCCUCUUCUUCGUCACGCCCUCCUAUGGUCGUACGCAUCCCACACGAGGUGACACCUGCGAUCGUCCGCCCGAAGCUACUUGUACUAGAGCCACCGUACGAAGGACCCAAUGUGCAUGAAGUAGGGGUCAAAGCUGUAGGGAGGUUCAUGCCGGUCUCCCACUCUCUCAAUUGCACCAAAAAGUCCUCUGAAGGAAAUGGCCAACGAGGUCCAGAUUUGUGGCCAUUAUGGUCAUGGGUAAGCUGA